AUGUCUAAAAUAAGUGUCCCGCCGAAGGUCGAGCGCCGUGGGGGGAUUCCGGUCGAGGGGUCCCGUAACCCGCGGGUCUUCUUUGAGAUAUCCAUCGACAACAAGCCAACCGGGCGGAUAACCAUGGAACUCUACGCGGACGCGGUGCCCAAGACCGCCGAGAAUUUUCGGGCCCUUUGCACUGGCGAAAAGGGCCGCGGCAAGGGUGGGAAGCCGCUCCACUACAAGGGCUGUGUGUUUCACCGUGUCAUACCGGGAUUCAUGAUUCAAGGCGGUGACAUUACGCGGGGAAAUGGCACUGGCGGGGAGUCCAUCUACGGCGUUAAAUUUCGUGAUGAGAGCUUUUCCGGCAAGGCCGGCAAACACACGGGGCUUGGCUGCCUAUCGAUGGCGAAUGCCGGCCCCAACACAAACGGAUCGCAAUUUUUUAUCUGCACCGCCAACACCCCGUGGUUGAACGGCAAGCACGUUGUUUUUGGCCGCGUCACGGAGGGUCUUGACGUCGUGAAGAAGGUGGAACGGCUGGGCUCAGAGUCUGGAAAGACGCGCGGCCGAAUAGUUAUUGCCGACUGUGGUGAGGUUGCGGCGCCGGAGGCGAAGGAGAAGCCAACCAAAGAGAGGGACGAGGUGAAGAGGGGUGCGGCCGCCGCAAAGGCCGAGGCCUCUGCGAAGAAGCGCCCACGCGAGGAGGAGCAACACGCGGAGGAGGUAAAGAAGCGCAUUCAGGCAAAGAAGGCAAAAAUUGCUCGGCUUCGCGAACAGCUGGAGAAGUAA